UCAGCCAAAAAAUAUCGGGAUAUCAUAUUUUGCCCAUAUCGUGCAGUCCUUAUCUGAAUACAGACGUCGCAAAACCUCUACAUCCAGCUCUCCAACAAGAAGUUGACAACGAAGACCUUACGGAUGGCACAAGCAGGCGAUUUGUUCACUGAUGCAUUUCCAAUGCAAAAACCCUGACAACCAAUUGGAAUACAGACGCUGCAAACCCUCUCCAUCCAGCUCUCCGAGAAGCUGUUGACAACAACGGAGACCCUACAGAUAACACAAGCCCGUGAUUUUUUCACUUGCUCCAAAUUAAACGGUAAGGGAACUCAUUUCAGACAAAGCAUCUUUGCACUUUUGUUUUUUUCAAAGGCAUCUGAUGGGUUUGCACAAAUAGGAAGUAGGCUAAUUAUAUUUGAGGUUAUCUGGCACAACAUUGUAUUGGUUAUUGUUGGUGGAAUCAUUGCAUUUUUUUUUUUUACAAGCAGUCGCAGUUGAAAGAACUAAAAUAUUACUGACUGGCUAUGCAAACUGCAGCUUACUGAUGUUUCAUGAAUGGUCUUAGUGAGUUAAUAUUUCUUUUUAUGGAGUUUCUACAGAAUUUGCCUGUUUUGAGUAACCUUUGCCCUUAAGAAUUCAAUACACGUCAACACAAAAUAACCUUGUUGUCCUGGAGAUGUUUUGAACAGGCAUGCCAGUUUCAAGGCCCUCGGUCAGGACUCGAGUGUGAGACACUGCUUCAGAGACUAAAAGGGAAGGUGCAAGAGUAAAAGAAAAACAUCAGUUACACCAAAUAUGUCAAACCACUUGGGUGUCUUGAUCACAGUACACAUAAUCAUGUCUUUUAUUUUCUCUCUUACUACAGGCUUUUUACAAUGUAUAAUGGACUGCACAACUAAUUGCCCAAACAAGUUCUAGCUUUUGUGAGGGAAAAUAACCUUGAAAUGACGGGUACAUGAAUUGAUCCUGGCAAAAACAUCAAAAUGGCACCCAAGCAAAAUACACAAAUAAGGUAAAACGAACAUGAACCUUGACGUUCCAGUUUCUGGGGAGCCUCGAGCGCGAGGUUCAAGAGCAGUUGACUGCUCGAGCAAUACACUGCUCCUGAACCAGGCGCACGAGCCUCCCCAGGGAAGAUGCUCAUCUUCCGUUGAUGUAGUUGGCAACUACGGUCGUACUGACAUUUACAGCAAUAAGCUAAUAAUUAUUUCAUAUUAUAUACAACUCUUGGUUUUGUUUGUUAUUGCUGCGACCGUCAACGGCUGUCAUCCCAUCCUGGCCAAAAGAGGACGAAGGUUAAGGUUACUGACUGCAAGUCAUCGGCCUACAACUUAGAGGUUUUGUUUGUUAUUGCUACGACCUUCAACGACUGCUGUCAUCCCAUCCUGGCCAAAAGAGGACGAAGGUUAAGGUUACUGACUGCAAGUCAUCGGCCUACAACUUAGAGGUUUUGUUUGUUAUUGCUACGACCUUCAACGACUGCUGUCAUCCCAUCCUGGCCAAAAGAGUACGAAGAGAAUGGAUCGGGAAGACGUGAAGGAAGAAAUUGCUUCAUUUUUACCGGGCCUCUCUCUUGAAACCCUGACUUCCCUGCUGGGAGUGUUGGAAGAGAUUGGCGUGGAGAGCAGAGCAGACCUUGCCUUUGUAGAAGCGAAGGAUCUGGAGAAGUACCUCAGUAAAAUCCAGUGUCGCAGACUGCUGAACGGCAUUAAGAAUAAAGGUCUUCCACCAGUUGAAGUAGAAGAUCCUGUUGCUGUCGAAUCUCCACCCCUCACAAGUACUCCCUUGUCAAGUUCCGAAAGAACUUCCGAAAGAAACUCUUCCUUUUCAUCACCCACCUUGCCUGGCAGGCCAUGGUAUACUGACUUCCGGGUCCGAUGGGUAGAGAUGCCAGCAGCUAUUGGCAAAGCGACGGCAGAUGCAAAAAGACCAUCACCAGGGGACAGAAGAGACAUGAUAAAGACAGUGGUGGACCAAAUGUUAGCGCAUGAGCAAAACCCAACAAGAGCAACAUGCCACACGAUCGCCCGGAUGAUUGUGAGAGACUGGCCAAAAAGCUUUGCCGAUGUCGGACAAAAGGGAGAUAUGCUGGGAGACGGCUGCUACUCCCUUUUGCAACAAAUAAAAACAAGAGUGGAAUACAAAAAUAGGAAGCAAACUCUUCAAACUCGGCGACGCAGGCAGCACAGGCCCUCCAAUGUGGCGGCAGAGGGGGCAAUCGCAAUGGCCAGAGGCCCAGUAGACCAGUACGGUUGUGUACGGUGGUGUCCGGAAGAACUUCCUGCUGGAGAGACGGAGGCAACCUUGGAAGAAACAAAACAACAACUACUGAACAUCUACGCAGAGGGAGGGAUGGGAGGGGCAGAAACGGCUGAACAUCUGAUGGAGAAGACCUACAUCACCCAGCGCCAGUUCAUAAACGGGGUGCCUGCACCAGCCAUUCAUGAGAUAAAGGAGGAUUGGCCAUUCCUAUUCUCGCAAAGAGGCCUUUUCUCCCACUUCAGUCUGCUGACGGAUGUCUCAAUACAAACCAAGUAUGAAGAGGCUAUGAACAGCAAGGGCAGUACCAUCAUUCGCUUUUGCCAGCAGCUCAACCGUCCAGGGAUCGGGGACGUCCUCGCUAAAUACGAGCCAGAGGCGUCAGACAAGGCUGCAUGUGUCCUUCUGCUACUGAUGGCAUAUUUCAAAGAACCGAAGAAUGCCAUCAUGCUUGAGGCUGAUCCGUGUGCAACUGCCGCUGAUGUUGAGAGCACAGUGCCAUUGCCGAGCAACCCCUGCUUGAUUGUCCAAGGUGACAUGAUGAAGCCAACCGCAUGGAUGCUCAGCAUUGAACAGAAGGUUGUGAUGGGACCACACCACUCCUUCAGCAACGGAAUAGCUGCAAUGUUUGCAAGCUAUUAUUGCUUCAACCUGCAGUAUCCUGAGGAGGGCUCCUCCACUUUGGAGUUUAUCCAAAGGUGCUUCUUGAGCAUCAAUCCAGAGAGGGGCUCCAAAGCCAAGAAAAAGCGUGGGUUGAUGAACCCACAUGUGAGCACACUCUUGAGGAAGAUAUUGGACUUUGAAUGGAUUUCAAUGUAGGGUGAAAUGUGCCGUGAAUAACGGGUUGUUAUUGGUUAAAUGUAUUAAUGUUGAUUCAUUGUAUAAUUAAAUGUUGAAUUGAACAAAUUGCAUGUUUUCUUUGUUUUCCUUUUACUUUGGAUGCAUGUGUAUGAAGUUACAGUAUAUUGCAUGCAGGAUAUCCCUAUAUCACAGUAAUUCCAUGGGAAAGACAACUGUGAAGCUAUAGUAAAUUACUGGCUACCUAAUUGCAUUAAUUUCACAGUGAAAAUGUAAAAAUACAGCCAUUUAGUGUAAUGUAUGUACCGCAAGUUACUGUUAUAACACAGCGACAUAUUGCUAAAUCACAGCUUUUUAAUGGGUAUGACAACUUUGAAGAUACAGUAUGCAGUUGUACUUUUAUUGUAAUUAGCUGUGAUUUAUCUACUGUAAAUUACUGUGAAGAUAGAACAAAUUACUGUGAACUAUUUAAUGUAAAUUACUGUGAAAAUAGAACA